AUGUUCAAGAGCCGUGGCCGACCGCGAGGUACCAGACGGAAAGCCGAAGAAGAUGAUGACGAUGAGGCGAGUGACAACGAAACUGCAGAACAGAUGAAGCUCCAAGAGGUGCGACUCAUCCAGAAAGAGCAGUGGCACAAGCCUCGUGGGGUUCUGCCAGCACCAGAGAUGGUGAAGCAAGUCGAACAAGAGGAGGAGGAGGACAAGGAGCAGUGGGGCCUUUUGGAGAAAUCCUUCUCUGGCACUGCGGGGCAAAAAGGUCCUGAUCACCACUUAGAGGCCUACUUGGAAGAGCGGCUUUUCAACAAGAACAAGCAGGAGGAAGAAAUCAAAGAGAAGACACGUGAAGAGCAGCUGUAUGAAGUGCCCUCGAACCUGCAGGUGCCGGAUGCAGCGGCCAGUCAGGUGGACAAGAUGAGCUGGGUGGCUGGACUGGCAGAGGUGGCACUACCAGUGGAGUACAAGCUCAAGAACAUUGAGGAGACUGAGCGUGCAAAGCGAGAAUAUUUGUACGGAGAAGCUGCCAAUUCGAAGCCGUGCUACCGGCCUAUUGGAUUGGACCGAGCACAAGCAGAUUGA